GGCUGGUGGCUGUGAGGGAGGUAGAUGGGGUGGUGGUGGUGGUUUAGAGAUUGGCUGGGCUCCUUGUCAGCAUGUGACGUCAUUGGGUGCCCCAGAUCUGUAUAAAGGAACUUUGGAGACCCGGGAUGCGCUGAAUUGAAAGCAGAGUGAUGUUUUAAUGUUUGCAGUGUCUGCAAUGGGCAAGCAGAGGUGACUUGCUCUACACUGUAGAAAUAAUGAACAACCAGAAACCACAAUUCCGAUCCUGGUUAAUCGCUCAGGUUAACAGCGGUCGUUAUCAUGGGCUGCGCUGGCUGAACCACGAAAAGACCAUGUUCCGAAUUCCCUGGAAACAUGCCGGCAGGCAGGACCUCUGUGAGAAUGAUUACAGCAUCUUCAAGGGUUGGGCAACAGUGAGUGGGAAAUGUACUGAUGGUCCACCCAAAUGGAAAACUAACUUCCGAUGUGCCCUCAACAACAUUGACUCAUUCACUUUGCUGGAGGACAACUCGAAGGAAUCAACGGAUCCACAUAAAAUCUAUGUCAUUACUAACGACAAGGUCAAUUCAGCGCUUGAACCAAACAUGGAUGGAACUCUGCAGGAAGAUGAUAACCUCGAAUCACAACUGCACAUUAGUCCUGAGACUAACCUGGAACAGCCUAACUUUGCACUCUAUGUUCCCCAGCAGUCCUCUGCAAUACCCAACACUGAGGGACAGUUAGAAGAAUGGAUUCCAGAUUUUGAUUUAAUGAAUCUGUCGGACAGUGCUGAAGACCAAAUGGCUCCUGGCCUGUUCAAUCCAGCAAACAUCUAUAACUCAGCCGUGAACGGAAUCUACAAUUUCCAGGUGCCUCCUGGCACUCCUCCCCAGGAAGUUUUCAAUGUGUCACCAGCCCAAGUCGUGCCCACUGAUGAGUACAGAGAGCUGCCAAGUCAAACAUUCAACGCAGACCAAACUUGGGAGCCUCUGCUUGUCCCAACAUUUCAUGUAAUGGAGAAUGUGGCCCAGGAGAUACCAGUACACUAUCCUGCUUUAGAUGUCCCUCUGAAUCCAGCUCCAGGAACGCAGGUUGAAAUUCCAAUUGUAUCUCAACUCCAACAAGGUAUGUCAAGCUGAGAAACAGCUGAACUCUUGUCCCAGCUCGUCCAAUCGUUGCCCUUUCUAUUUAAAAGUAAUUUUUUUAAAUGGAACAUUUAGACAGAACAGAAAAACUUGCAUUUCUAAAGCGCUCAUCAGAAAUUCAGAACACCCAAAAUGAUUGACAACCAAUGAAGAAAAAGAUUGAAGAACUGUGGAUGCUGGAAAUCAGAAACUAAAACAAAAACUCAACAGAUCUGGCAGCAUGUGUGGAAUGAAAGCAGAGUUAAUGUUUCAGAUCCAGUGACCCUCCUUCAGAACGGUUAGAGUUCAAGUACUCUCGAAGUUUUGUUACAGUUCAAUUGUACAAAAUUGUCCAGAUACUGUAGUUUAUGAAAAGCAAGAUCCUAUAAACAGCAGUGUGAUAAAAACAUGGAAAAUAGGAGUAAACAGUAGGCUAUUUGCUGUUCAUCAAGCCAAUUUCACCAUUCGGUCUGAUCAUGGCUGACCCUCCUUCUCAAUACCACAUUCCUC